AUGUCUGAAACUGAGGAGGAGGAGCAGCCUGAAGAUAAAGAUGAAAAUCCCUUAUUAUCAGAGAACCCAUCAGAGGUAGAGACUGAUAUUCUGGCUGAGACACAGAAAACGGACGAUACUGAAGCUCCAGUGAUCCAGGAUGAGAUCUCCAAAGAAGAUAAGGCAGUUAUAAAGAUCCAGUCUUGGUGGCGGGGCACACUGGUGCGUAGGACACUGCUACACGCUGCCCUCAGGGCUUGGGUCAUUCAGUGCUGGUGGAGGCUGAUGCAAGCAAAAUUUGCAGAGAAGAGGCGCCGGGUGACACUUGAUAAAUUUUCACGGGAGGAGUGGGCAGCAGUCAGACUGCAGUCCUGGGCCCGCAUGUGGCGCAUCCGUCAGCGCUACUGCCAGGUGCUCAAUGCUGUUCGUAUUAUCCAGGCCUACUGGAGGUGCCACACCUGUGCUUCCCGGGGUCUCAUCAAAGGCCAAUACCGAGUCACAGCCAGCCAGCUGCAUCUCGAGUUGGAGAUCCUGCUGGGCUCAGGGCCCUGUGUUGUGACAGAGUGUAUUCCCCUCCCAAUAAAGCAGUGA